AUGGCGCUGUUUGAUGUUGAGACGUGGUCGAUAAAUUCAGCCACAGUCAUCAUUGGCUUGCUAACUCUGUCUUUGGCCCUCCGCUACACGUCAGGGAGAAAGCUGCACCCAAGCGAGCCAACGGUGGUUCAGCCAUGGAUUCCCAUCAUAGGCCAUUUGCUGGGCAUGGUGGUGCAUGGCGGCCGCUACAUCAAGCGCCUUGGGCUGUGUUACCCUCAAGAGCCGAUCCUGACUCUGCCAGUGCCGGGCUCUCGAAUAUAUGUUGUUACAGAGCCUUCGUUAGCCGCUAGUGUCCAGCGCAACACCAAGACAUUGUCAAUGUCGCCUCUGCUGCCCGAGAUAACCAAGCGGGUUCUCGGACUGGACAAAACAACGUAUCACGUAAUCAGCCAGAACCUGGAUCCAGAACCGGGGGAGCCACGGGGAUUCCUUGCCGAUAUCCAUGACUGGGUGUAUACCUCGUUUGGGCCAGGCGAAUAUGUGAAUACAAUAAGCCGCGAGGCUGCUCAGGAACUAUGCUUCCAGCUGCAAGAGACAGUUGGCGCCACGGGUCCUGUCGCUGGCACGGUUGAUCUUUUGGCCUGGGUUCGUCAUAUGGUUACUGUUGGCACCGCAAAGGCGUUCUUUGGGCCUCAUAAUCCCAUCGCCGAGGAGCCUGGCCUGGCGCAGGAUUUCUGGGCUUUCGAUCACGGCCUCGGCGGUUUGCUGAUUGGAGUUUUCCCAUCCCUCACAGCUUCCAAGGCAUAUGCCGGGCGCGAGAGACUGACGGCUGCGUUCUGCAAGUACUUCGAAGCCGGCCAUCUGGAAGAAGCCACAUUGAUCGUCAGGGGUAGAGCUCGGAUUGAGAAGGAAUAUGGCAUGAGUACCGACAUGACGGCCCGCUCGGCGCUGUCGUUCCUAUUCGCAGGCAUUGUAAACGCGACGACGACCACGUUUUGGGUUGUGUUGAGGACCUUUGCGAACGAAGGUCUUCUUGCUCAAGUGCGCCAGGAGAUUUGUCAAGCGCUCGAAGUCAGUAGCCAGCGCUCGGGACCGGACUCGCUAAGCAUCGCAGUAGUCAAAGAAACGUGCAGAACGCUGUAUGCCGUUUACCGCGAGUGCCUACGCGUCGGAUCGGAAAAUUUUACUGUUCGGAUGAUCAAGGAGGAUACGAUGCUGGCUGACAGGUACUUCCUGAAGAAGGGCGCAGUUGUUCAAAUCUCUGGUGGCGCCAUUCAUGGGAGGAGCACUAUCUGGGGCCAGGACGUUGACGAGUUCAACCCCGGCAGAUUCCUCAAGGAGAAGGGCAAAGGCGAUGGCUUUCACCCAGCAGCCUUUCGGGGAUUUGGCGGCGGCAAGACGUUGUGCCCUGGCCGCGAAUUCGCCACGAAUGAGAUUCUGGCAUUUGCUGCCAUGAUUAUCCACGGAGUUGACUGGGUGGCCCCUGGCGGUGGAAGUCUGUCUGUUCCCGAGAAGAACGAUCGUGUGAUGCCCGUUCACAUUCUCGAACCGGCGACAGCUGCCGAGGGCAUCGUCCACCCGAGGGCAGAAGAGGUGAAGAUGCUGAGUCGGCUCAAGGUGGUGAUGUAA